AGGAGGAGGAGGAGGAGAAGGAGGAGGAGAGGGGAGCCCCCAUGGCCCUGGCCGCGGCCUCCAGUUCCGCCGGCGCCCGGGCGGCCGGGGAGCCGCGCUAGGCCGGUCCUCGCCGCCAUGACCAUGAGAUCGGCCGUCUUCAAAGCCGCCGGCCCCGACCGCAGAGCGGACCCCGAGCGGGGGGGCCCCGACGACGACCCCCGGCCCCGCCCGUCCUCCCGGCCCGGCAGCCCGUCGCCCCCCGGCCUGGUGGUCGCCGCCCCCGGCCAGCCCGAGGAGAGCUGGGGCGGCUCCGCCCCGCUGCCCGGCCCGCCCCCGGCCACCAAGCAGGCGGGCGUCGGCGGCGAGCCGGCCCCCGGGCCCGGGCCCAAGGACCGGGCCGUGCUGCCCGGACUCCCCGCCUCCCAGGCGGGGGCGGGGGCCGCCAAGGACCAGGCCGGCCCGCCCCCGCCCCCCGACGCCCUCGGACCCCCGGACCCUGCGGGGCCGCCCGUCCCCUGCCCCGGCCCGGCGGCCCCCGAGGCCCGAUGGAAGGGCGUGAGGAAGAGCCCCCUCGGGGGCGGCGGCGGCGGCGGCGGCGGCCCGGGGCCCCCCAGCCAGGCCGCCUGCCUCAAGCAGAUCCUCCUGCUGCAGCUCGACCUCAUCGAGCAGCAGCAGCAGCAGCUGCAGGCCAAGGAGAAGGAGAUCGAGGAGCUCAAGGCCGAGAGGGACACGCUCCUCGCCCGGAUCGAACGUAUGGAAAGGCGGAUGCAGCUGGUGAAGAAGGAUAACGAGAAGGAGAGACACCGGCUGUUCCAGGGGUACGAGACCGAAGAGAGGGAGGAGCCGGAGCUGUCCGAGAAGAUCGAACUCGAAUGCCAGCCGGAGCUCUCGGAGCCGUCCCAGAGCCUGCCCACCAAGCCUUUCUCCUACAGCCGGAGCGGAAAAGGCCACAAAAGGAAAUCAGCAUUUGGAAGCGCAGAGAGAAAGACUCCAGUGAAAAAACUGGCAGCUGAGUUUUCGAAAGUCAAAACAAAAACUCCUAAGCACUCACCGCUGAAAGAGGAGCCCUCUUUAACCGAGGCCGUUUGCAAACGGGAGCUGCGGAGCCAAGAGACUCCUGAGAGAGGCCGCUGUCUGGCGGAUCCCUCUCUGAAACCCUCCCCCCUGCUGAAGGGGCUCGGCGGCGGCUACUCCAAGGAGUCGGCCUUCCCCAGCGAGAUCGAAGAGCUGCCAUACCUCUCCACCACCGAAAUGUACCUGUGUCGCUGGCACCAGCCGCCCCCGUCACCGCUCCCGUUACGGGAGCCCUCUCCCAAGAAGGAGGAGUCUGUAGCAAGGUGCCUGGUGCCGUCGAGCGCUGCCGGAGAAACGUCCGUCUUGGCCGUUCCUUCUUGGAGGGAUCACUCCGUGGAGCCCCUGCGCGAGACGAACCCUUCGGAAGUCUUGGAGAACCUGGACGACAGCGUGUUUUCUAAGCGGCAUGCAAAACUGGAGCUGGACGAGAAGAGAAGGAAGAGAUGGGAUAUUCAGAGGAUCAGGGAACAAAGAAUCCUACAGCGAUUGCAGCUCAGAAUGUACAAAAAGAAAGGAAUUCAGGAAUCUGAGCCGGAGGUUACCUCAUUUUUCCCUGAGCCGGACGAUGUUGAAAGUUUGCUGAUCACCCCCUUCCUGCCUGUUGUAGCAUUUGGACGACCAUUACCAAAACUAACCCCACAGAACUUCGAGCUGCCCUGGCUGGACGAGCGCAGCCGCUGCCGGUUGGAGAUCCAGAAGAAGCAAACGCCUCACCGGACCUGCCGGAAGUAGCAGCCCGGGAGAAGCGACUCUGGGUUUGGGGGGUCAGGUGGAGCCGGCUGAGAGAGCCAGUCGGGAGCUCCCGCCAUCCUCGUGUAUAUCGCGCGUUCACGGAGAAUCCCCUUCCAUGCUUUUGGGUUUUUGUUAUUGUUCCUUUGUUCUGUUUUCACAAAGCCUCUUCUCCGGGCUACUUGUGUCCUGCGGGUUUUUUGGUUUUGUUUUUUUCCUCCCCCUCCCAUUCCAGAUAGCGAUCACAGGGUAGGGCACGGGUGGCCACCGGGGCCGGUCUGGCCCUGGCUGUUGGCCAUCCUAGCGGCCCGUGCAUCGUGUGAGUGGCCCAGGAGGGUGUGGGCCCACCUGCCUUCUGGCCCAGGUGCUGUUUUUUUCCCCGUAAACCAUGUCAUUACCGGCUCAGGGCCCCGGUCGAGAGACGUGGGUCAUCCGAAGGGGGCUGGGGGCGAUGCCAGUCGGCCAUCUCUCCUCCCCGACCCCUCACCCCGCACCCUCACCUUCGUCCGCUCCCCGCCGGCAGGGCCGUGAGGCCUUCUGGCGCGGACGGGACAGGGUCAGCACCCUGCCUGCCCCGGGGCUUUCACAACAGCGUGUUCCCCAGGGUCGCGCCUCACCCCGUGAGAUUCUGGGGACACGGAAGGCCCGAGGGAGAGGAAGUAGCUUUCAGGAGCUCUGCUGCUGCCACAUAGGUUCCCCGCCCCCAUCCCUCUCUGCCCGGCGGGCCGUUAUCCUGUGAAAGCAGAAUCCGAUACGCACAACGUGGUUCCCUUUUCUGUUUUCCCGUACGUUUCACUACAACCCUGCCUAGCGGUUUGGAACCGGCGUGAGAAAGGGCUGCCACGGAGCCUCUCCACCCUCUGCUGCAGCACCGGCUUUUGAUGGGGAAUGGGAAACGGCCUUCACGGCCGUGGCCCGGACUCCAGUCGGUUCGAGGGGAAGGUAUACUCUCCCCUCCCCGGAGAGGAGAUGGAGCGUGCCCUCCCGGGGACCCGGCCGCCUUUCGGGGCACGGCGCCAGACCCAGCUCCGGGGGGGGGAUCAUUUCGGCUUCCCCACGUCCCUCGGGCAAGACGCAGAGCUGGCUCCCCUGGUUUUCAAGACCCCUUCAGCGUGGGCACCCCACACGCCGACGGAGCGGGGUGGCGGGCUUACAUCUUCUCCCCUCUUUGUCCGGUGGUGUUUGCUCUCCUCUAACUGGUCUUCCAUCUGCCCGGGAGGAGGAGGAAGGAGGCAGGGCCUGGGUGGAGAGCCAGCUGUCCACACUGCAGUGGUGAAGGUGAAUGCAGCAAGAAAGCCCGAGAAGACUGACUGCUUCCACUAGGGGCCCCAGCUCAAACCCCGACAGCAGCGGCAGCGCUGACCUUUUCUUCCCUUUUCCUCUCUUCUUCCCUCCAUCGUUUCAGUCUCUAAGACGACUUAGCUCUCGCGCUGGAGCAGGUGGGCGGCUCCAGCGCGGAUUCUCAAACUGCACCGAGGGAAGAGCGGUAAAAGGGUGCAGAGCCUCUGCUUCGUCCUUCCCUGGCUCAGUCAGAGCACCUCCCAUCCAAGGCGGCGGCUCGAGCCUCUUCCUCUUGGAUCCUCGCUGGCCUUGCCCACCCCGUGCGGGUUUUCAGCAGCGGAUUUCUGGGGGUGGGGGGCUCAAGCGAUCCCGUCCCGCGGAGGGGCCGUGGCACGCAGCGGAGCGGGAAGGGUGAAGCCGACGGGCUGGGUUAUUGGUGAGGGAUAGUCUUAUUUCUCCCUAUAAGGGAUUCAACACUGUGAAAUUCAAUCUCCAACUGCAGCCCCUGCCUGCGCUUCUCUCCUACAACAUAGUUCUUCGUUUUAAUCUCUUGCUUUAACCAAGUUUAAAGUAGUGUUACUAAAUUGAAAGAAAGGCCCGUCUGUUCCCUUCAGGUUUCGUUGGAAGCCCACCUCACACGCCGUCGUCUGUGUUGUAAUUCAUACUUUUGAUACCAUUUCUGAUGUGUAAAAUUGGUUGUCUUGUAAAUAUCUUAUAUAAAAAAAGUUCAACUGUAAAUAAACUAUUGUGGUUGUUAAUUUUUUUUUUUUUUUGGAAAUUUUUCCUUUGGUUUGUUAGGUUUAACAGUGUUAACGGGCAGUAUUAAACACUUCUGCUUGUAUGUUUAAAAAAAAUUGAAAGAAUCAGUUUUUUUACAAUAAAACAGAAAACCAGA